AAAAGAACGUACUAGUAGAUAAUCUCCUGCCACCUUCAUCUGUCAUUUUCAAAUUUUACCAGGCUGAAGACGUUCAGUCACCUUCGCACCUGUCUGCUUGCUCAAUGCUCCAAGACCUGCCCGUCGAGGUCAUCCAGCAGAUCAUCGGCCACCUAUCCACCGCAUCAUCCAUAGUUAACCUCUCUCUGACCAACCGCAAAGUCCACGCCAUCAUCUCGAACGACGACUAUGCCUGCUUCCGUACGUUUGUACAGAGAGCCUUUCCGUCGCUCAAGACACCACCGAUUUGGCGAGACUCCGCACGUGCCUUGACAUCACGAUCGCGUGCUUGGGACCGCAGAGCCUUUGUGGCCAGGGAGUGUCACCCGCCUCCAGACAAGGCCGAACCUCCACAGAACUUCAUCCCAACAGUAGGCUACCACCCCGUCAUCGACAGCUAUGAGACUUGGCCUGGGUCAACGUGGCUCAGCCGCAAGGAAGUCCUAGCAUGGGGCGCUGCUGGUCGCCUUAGAGUACGCAUCAUCCAAAACGGUGUGGCAACAUGGGGUUCUUUUCAAAUUCCAGAUGAUCACAGACAGGAGCUCGACAUUCUGGAUGUCCGACUUCUGCUUUCUCACCAGCAUGACAAUAAAGCAGGCGAAUCCAUCGUCCUCAGACGAGCUAACGGAGAGCUAAUCAGAGUCGAAACGGGCCCGAGAUUGGACGUCUUCAAAGAGAAAUCCAGAUACAUCGUCCCGCCAGACGUGACCUGCAUUGACAUCAGCAAAGACGCACACCCCAUUCUCGCCGCUUGCGGAGGUGACUCAAUCCAUUUGUACCCAGUUCACGCCUCAGAACGCAAUGUUCGACCCGUGGACAGCGUAGUUGUCCAAAGUUCUUACGCUGUCCGUAACCGCAAAAGAUGCGCCACGUUCCUCUCGGAUACCAGUCUAGCUGUGGGCGUACAGUUUCUGCAGGGCCGGAACCGAGCACCCAUCAAUGUCUACGACAUCAGUCCGACAGGAUUAUCGGCUACCCCUUUGCAUGAAUCCAUUUCUUUUGCAGAGUCAAGCCAUGCUGUUAUAGGCCGCCACAGUGCUAACGUCAUCGUUCCCCUGGACGACUGGGGCACGUCCACCCGUCGACCUGGCCAGAUUUUCCUGUCAGGCUGGACCGACGGCAUCGCCAGACUGCACGAUACGAGAGUACCAACAAGAGCUGUCACAGAAUAUGUCGAUUUUGUGGACGACGGGCAAAUCCUUUCACUACUGCCAAUCGGUCACGAACGGUUUAUGGCUGGAAGCCACCAGAACGGCUGUUUGAAGAUUUUCGAUCUUCGCAUGGCUGGUGCUAGACCAUAUUCAUAUCUCGAUGCUCGGCGUCCCAGCCCAUCCACUCGAAUCUCAUCACGUUCUGGCUCCACUACACCCCACUCGAAAGAUCGACGAGACAUCAACAUCUUCCUAACGCCAACCAUCAAUUAUGGCGAGCGACUCUGGCAGCCACUCGCACGUCGCCCUGCCCGUCGCUCUAACCGCUAUCGAGGCUCGGUGUAUUCCCUGUCAAGUCCGUCGCCCAGCUCGCCGACCGUAUACGCCGGUAUCGAGAACCACGUCUUGCGCUUGGACUUUGUCUCAACCGAUGAUUACAGGAGUGGAAAGCAGGGUCUUGUGGACCCCUCGCUCGGCCUGUACGACAAGACGAAUCAUGUACUCAACCUCUCCUGUUACGAACGGCCCCGUAAAGGUCAUGAGAGCACGGAUCCCGUGCUCUUACGGAAGCAGCUCAAUCUGAUCAGCGGUGGCAAAAAUGAUUCCGCCGUUGAGCCGCACGUCGGUACCAGUCUACAUACUGAAGCGGAACCAGGUUGGGACGAACGUUGGAGUCUGGAAACCUUUGACAGGAAUAGGGGUCGAGGUCUCCACUGGGGAACAACAAGAGAGGUGGUUGGGUAGUCCCAUGCACGAGUGAGGAGUUCUGUUUCGGAAAAGCCGGUACCAGCCCUAGCCGAAUGGAUCAUACAGGUCUGCAAAUCCGGGGUACUACUAUACGACAGGUCACCCGUUGC